AUGAAAUUUUUAUCCGGUGGAAAUGCACCCUUUAAAAGAAUUGAAUUUUUUUCUCACACAGGUGACCCAAUCACAUCAGGGAUGCUCCUCCUAUACACGCGGAUAUUCCUAGCAUUUGUGUUUAUUCACUUAGUCGCCUCGGAAACAGUUCAAAUAGGCGUCCUGUUGCCGUUUUCAUUAUCAGGCCAGUUUCAAGGACUCGGAAAAGCUUUAGAACUCUCUAUAGAGCCUGCUAUUCAAGAUGUUUAUACACAAAAUAUAGUAUCACAAGACUGGAACAUAACGUACACAAUCACGGACGGUGGAUGUUCCAAGAAAACUGCGGUUGGACGAACGUAUGAAUUGAGCUACGUAGAUGCGUUUAUCGGACCUGCUUGCUCUGACGCUUGCUUGCCAGCGGCAUUACUAACGUCCUAUUGGAAUAAACCCAUGAUAUCCUACUCGUGUUCAUCGAUAGAGUUAAGCGAUCGGCUCUACUAUGCAACGUUUGCUAGGACCCAACCGUUCAGUCGAACUUACAGUCAUCAGACACCCGAUAUACUCUAUCAAACAAUGGACUUCUACAACUGGACGCGCGCUGCUAUCAUUGGCACAGAGGAUAAUGUAUGGUCACCACUGGCUAUUUCCCUAACACAGCUCUUUCAAAGAAAUAAUAUCACUCUCCCAUUCAGUGGAUUCUAUGUACCUAGUUCUUCUUUUUCCUACACGACGUUCCUGAGUCAAAUCAAAGAUAAAGCAAGAGGUGGGUAUUAUUUGUACUUUUCAGGAUCCGUAAAGGACUGAAAAGUUGUCUGGAAAUACGGAUACGAAAUACGAAAAGCGAUAUCUCUACAUCAUUGAAGAUGUUUUUUCAUGAGCCAGUCCAAAUUCACCUUUGACUUCAAUGGAUCCCGGAAUGGAUCUCUAUUUCUCCGUUUCCUUUUUGACGCUGAGGGUGGUAAGGAACUCCCUGUCGAUCACUCUACAAUGAAACUAAAUUUUCAACCCACCAACUUGCAAUUAUAAUUCACAGAUUGCCUUAAUGGACGAGGUAUCUAGCCUUGCCUUACUUUUUAUCCUACGUUAUUGUUUUUAUUGAUUCAAAAUAUUUCACCGAGCCUGAUUGGCUUUAAGAUAGAAUCCAACAGGAAAUUGAGUAAUAUUAAUUUUCAGUGGACAAAAACCUUGUACCAGAAUAGUUUAAACAAUAUCGCACUGAAAAUUGAAAUUACUCAAUCUUUUGAUGGAUUCCGUGUUAAUCUCUCGGCUAUUUCUUUUUAGUAAAAUCCAACUAGUGCUGUAUUAUCAAUGCUGCGUUCUGGUUGGUUGAGCUAUUUCUAGGCUAUAAUAUGUUAUAGCCUACAAGUAGCGCAAAGCGCUGGCUUUUUGGGGGCAAAAACGCUUAAAGUCUAGCUUUAACUAGCUAAAGUUGUUUUGUCUCGAUAUUUCUGACCAACUAGUUGGAUUUCACUAAAACAAUUAUUCCUCUCGCCCUCAUGGCCUCUGAGUCAAUAGCCCCUUUGGCCUUCGGCCUCAUGGGUUAUUGACACAGAGCCCAUUCGGGCUCGAGGAAUAAUUGUUAAAUAAACCAGUUAGCGCUGACAAAAUUUGGAGGAUGCCCACAAUAUGCUAUUAAUACGAUGGUAUACCAUUAUGCAAUCGCAACCUCGAUUCCAGAAAGCGGCUUGGAAGCUUUAAAGAGCAGUGAAAUACCCUUUUUUUGUCUGUUUACAAAAAUAUAUGGUACUUACCAGGAGUAUGGUAUAUAUGAUUAAGUGGUUAAUGUGAAAAACGGAAAAUAGCUACAAAAAAAUCGAGUAAAGUACAAAUACAACUUAGACCUUAAUACCAACACGGCUAGUGUAGAACUGAACAUAUAUUACCAAUUGAGCGAAAAAAAUGAAGUUUUGGUAGGCCGCUUGACUUGGCCCUCUGGACUGAGUUUGUACUGUAAAUUCCUUUGUACCCGUUCAUACAAGCAGAUUGUUCAUAGCCCCUGAAUGUUUACAUUAGCAUGGCGUCUGUCCGUAGGAAAUCCCGUCCGACUGACUAAGGGAGAUCUGGGUAUGACUACAUUUCAUUCUACAUAAAAUCCCGUUGUAGUAGUUUGUUCCUUUCCUUGAGUUGCUACAAAUACGUUGUGUUUUAUAGCAGGGUCUUUUAUAUUUUACUUAUAUUUGUUUCAGUCGUCUUUCUUCUCGCUUUUAACAACGAAGUAGCGAGACUUCUUGUUGCAGCCAAUGAACUGGGAAUGAUGAAUGGAGAAUAUGCCUUCUUAACGCUCGAUUUCGAAAUACAAAACAGUUGGCAAACCGAACCAUGGGUAGGAGGGAGGAAUAUGACAGAGUUCCAGGCUCUGUUUGACGGGAUUGUCAACCUGUCUGUUAAAGGACCACAUGGAGAGAGAUUUACAAACUUCUCACGGCAACUAAGUGAAAAGAUGAAGGCCAAUAAUGUAUCACGUACGUCUGUUGUAAGUAUGUAACGAUUGUUGGAGUGAUCAGUGAAAACGACUGAAACGCGACUCUCUCUUUAUGGACACUUCUAUAAGACGUACAACCGAUUUUCGGUCAUUUUCCUUGCAGUGGAUAUCUUUCUAAUAGAUGCUAGUGGCGUCCGUCUUAGAAAGAAAUGACUGUAUCUUUUUCUAUGAAGCUUGUUUCGGCUUAACUGAAGAAAUUGAAACCAACCUUGCAUAUGCAAGAAAUACGUAUCAUAAAAAAUAUGUGAAUUCCUAUAACCUUAAAUACCAGCUGCAGUAAUAAGGUGAAGUUUCUACUUUUAAAAGUAGAUACUGGUUAUUAUCCUCGUUAUUUUGGAUGCAUGAAAUCAUUGCUCUCGUUAAACGACUUCCGAGAUUCCACUAACUAAUGGCUUAGCUGUGCUAAGUUACUAGACGUCUAUCAAACAAAACUUAUGUAAAUUAGAGCAACUGAAUUAUCUAUACCAGUAGCCCGAAAAUAAGAGGUUCUUUAUCAGUACACCAUGUUAAGUUGCGCUCUCAUUUUCAUACAGACCUUCGAGUUUGCCGCCUAUCUCCACGAUGCCAUAUCAUUGUACGCAAUCGGUCUUAAUCGGUCUAUUAGUCGUGGAGGUAAUAAGACUGAUGGUUUGGCAAUCAUUUCCAACAUAAGCAACGCAGAACUACUAUUUACAGGUAUUGUAUGGGAACGCCACUCUGUUGAUGUAGUGUGCCUGUUUCUGCUUAACUUCAUCAAUAUGUUUGCAGUAGCUAACCUAAAGAAGCCACUUCUUUAAAUGCUUAUCUUGUCGAGACAGUCAAACUCAUCGAAGAACUUUAUCACCGCCGCUCAUUUUUACCUUGCAUUGGUGGCCGCUAGCGUUUCUUAUUUUCUCACCGCUGCUAAAAAAUUAUUAUGUUGUUCUUCAAACAAAAAAAUGUACGUCUCCUUUGUUGUUUAUCUCUCGAUGUAUAUAGAUCUCUGUCGCCCUUUUCCUUGUUAAGCUUCGCUGGCCUGCCGCCUACUUUCUCUUUUUCUCUGUCUUUCUCUUGCUCUAUUUCCAAAUUUGUGGACAUGACAAUUAAUCUAAGCUUGAUACUCCAGACAAAACGAAUACAGAAACAAUUUCCGCUUUCCGUUUUCGUCUUUAUUGACUCUUUAGUUGUCUCUGCUUUACAAGACUCGGGUGGCUAUGCGAUUUCCCGUCAAAAUAACCUCGAGUUGCAUUUGGGUUGCCAUGGUAUACCUGUGGUGCGGACGGACGGUCGGAGGCUGUCGGUAUACGGGCACGUCAUUACCAAAUUUUCUACUUAUCCAUGGUGCUCCGCUGGCAAGCGCUUCGCGCGGGAGAGAGCUCCGCUGUAAUUUCCAACGCGUUACUUUCCUCGACAAGAGAGCAUCGAUAACCGCGAUGAGUUAUACUUUAUUUGAAACAAUAUAGAGCUUUAGGAAAAACGUUCACGCGGUGAACGGCAACUUGACCCGAGAUUCAAGUUGUCACUUUUCAGAUUAAGAAUUUAGCCGAUAAAAACUUUCCAAAAUAAUCGUUACGGAUAAACCUAAAAUAAGACAUGCUUAUUUUGCUGUAGGAACAAUCUGCAUUAGACUACAAGUAUAGCGUGACUUGAAACCUCCUGUAAUAUCAUCCUUCUCUGUGCUACCAAGAUGGACAAAGGAUGUUUGCAAUUCGUAGCUAACAGUUAGAGAACCAAAAUGUGAAAAACAAAAUUCAUUUUUAUCUAUUUGCAAAUGUCAUUUCAGGUGUGUCUGGUGAUGUGGCAAUCAACGCUCAAGGUAAUCGCAUUCCAGUGUUUGCAUUUAGCAAUAGACAAGGCGGCAGCUGGGUUCCAAUUGUGGAGAUUGAUCAAACGAAACCGCAAAAUGAGAGUGUUAAGAUUUUCACCUUAUCAGUGGUGUGGCCAGGUGGAACGACAGCUGUCCCUCUUGAUGAACCCAAAUGUGGAUUCCAUGGAGAGAAAUGUGUUGUUCCCCCUACUGGUAAGUAACUGCACGUGACUAAAUAUGGUAUUUUUUGGUGUCGCGGAAGGGUGCUAUCAGCAUAUGACGUAAUGCAAAGAUUGUAAAGACCCUGAACAAUACCCAUACCACAAAUAAAGAGGGAACCAAUAAUUGUUUCAGGAACACCAUGAAACAGACUAGUGUUGACACGAAACACUACGCUGUAUGGUAUGAACAGCGACGGCACGGGACUCUACUCGUUCAUACGCAACAGACGAUGAGCCGAGAGGGUUUACAGUCCUUUCACCCCCCUGAAUACUUUACUUCGGAUUCGUCUCAGUGGUUUCCAGUCCUUGCUCCUACUUAUUUACUUCUGCUUCGGUCAAAAUUCCUUUUCACGCUGCACCAAAGUGUGACACGCUCAACCUGACUGAUAUGUGACGCUCCACUUUCGAGAUCAGCUCAGUGCAGCUUCGCUCGGUUACAGAAGUUGCGCCAAAAUCACCGUUUUUGCGCAUGUGUGAGCAGAAUCCUCAUCCAGUAUGGUUUUCGUGCCGGCCAAACAGCUAUCUGGUAGAGUGUGAACAAAACCUAAAUAUUCCAGGUCUUUUUUAUUCGCAGACUUGGCAAAAUCUGAUUUAUGGUAUCGUUAAUUUUUGUAUGUUAAUCGAUCAAAAAGUUGUGCUUUAUCUUUUUUCCUUUUUUGCCUGAAAACAGAAAGGGUGAAUGAAGAAUCGAAUUAUUUGUGGCUAUUGACCCUGUUACUAGUGCUACUUGUUGUCAUCCUUGUGAUUGGUUUUCUUUUUUACAAGUAAGUAAAACUCUGGAUAACUCUGUAAACCAGGUCCCAAAUAGGCUAUUCCCGAAUUGACCCACGCCUCUGUUUCAAAGCGAGGCCAAGUGCGAAGCUAUUGAUUUGAAAAUAUUUUUCUUUUUUUAUUCUCAUAAAAAUAAAACUCAUUUUCAUAAGAAAGGUUUUGCACUUAGCCUUGUUUGGAAAGUUUGAUUUGGUUUUGAUAUUCAUCUAAAUAAUCUUAUAUUAUACUGUUAAAGUUAGCUUUUGUUAUUUAUUUUAAUUUGCUUAUCUCUAGAAAAAGAGUUCAUGAAAGGGAACUUAUGAGCACCUCGUGGAUAAUCGAUUACAAGGAUAUUAUUUUAUGCAGACCCGGAAGCCGAAUGUCAAGCAAAGUAAGUAUACAAUACAAAAAACAGUAUAUAGUUAAUAUUCUUUUUUUCUGAAUCUAGGAUUAUACAAAAAAUCCAACGGCCAUUAGUCCAUUUCCGAGUUCCCUCGGGCCUCUGUAUCAAAACGAGGUUAAGUGCUCAACCUUUGAUAUGGAAAUGAUUUUUCAUUCUCAUGCAAAUAAAACUCACUUCCGCAAGGAAAGUUGUGCACUUUGCCUCAUUUUGAAAGUGAGGGUUUUUGGAACUCAGAAGUGGCCUAUUAAAAAGAGCUUUCUGUUUAAUGAAAUAUUUUACUAUUACUCUUUUAAUCUUGUAUGUAAUCUGCAAUGGCAACUGACCAUGCAUGUUGCUUUCAAACCAAGAAGCGAAAUCGAGUGUUUUAGCUAUAUUUUAAUAGCAGUUUGAUAAGGCCAGUUCAAUCCCACAAACAAGUCCAGAGAGCAAGCUGGAUAACGUGGGUUUUUUUGUUCAUAUUUUAUUGCCAGGUCAGAACAAACGGUUCCUUUAUUAGUCAAAUAGGACCUGGAGGCGAGAUACAGGUUAACCUCACAAAUGUUGGACGAUACAAGGUAUGGGAAUAUGAGUAAGGAAGCAGCUUGCGCCAAGUACAACAAAUGGAUGAAGUGGCAAGUGGCCAUUUCCGAACAAGGUUAUGCGCAAAACCUUUCUUUAUGAAAAUGACUUUUAUUUGCAUGAGACAAAAAAAUCAUUCUGGUAUCAAUGCCUUCACACUGAGCCUCGCCUAAAACAGAAGCUUUGGGCAACUCGGAAAUGGCUUAUUAACUUCUCAGAAACUAUUGGGAUAUGUCUCGACCAAUACGGACAGAAGAAAAUACCCAAAAUAUUCAAUUAAUAUAUAGAUUUAUCCAGGGCUAAAAGCGAAGCUCUCGAUAAUAUUUUUCGUUUGUUCAAACAAAAUAUAAAAUCGUGUGAUGCUAAGCGGCGAAGGCAACGAGAACGGUAAAAACACAGCAAUAGGUGGUUUUCACGCUACGUCAUUGCCGCUAUGCUGGAGGACGGUAAACAAAAGAUCGCUCAUUAGCUCGCUUUGUUUGUCCACCAGCAUUUGCUCAUUUCACUAUUGUUAUUUGUGUCUCCCGCGAUUGCAUGAAAACCACCUAUAGGUCUAAUUAGCAAAAAAAAGCAACUUUACAAGUGCAGCACACUUUUUUUGUACAUUUCUUUGCCGUUGUUUUGCACGACUACAACGUGAAACUUCCAGAAACCUCCUGGUUACACGUUUUAUUGAGGAAUUAAACGUCCUACGUGUUCUUUUUCUUUAUUUGUUUUCACUGUCGCUCUUUUCACCCUGAUUGCCGCUAGCAUUUCUCCUUUUCUAACCAGUGCUACAAAAUUUCAUGUUGUUCCUCCAACAAAAAAACUGUCUCCCUUGUUUUCUUUCUCUCGCUCUGGCUCUUUUUCUCCGGCGUUGAGCUUGCUUGCCUCUCGCCCUAUUUUCUCUUUUUCUCUGUCUUUAAUUCUCUUUCUCUACAUUUCAAAUUUGUGGGCAUGGCAACUAAUGUAAGCUUAACCCUUUAGACAACACGGUUACAGAAACAUUUUCCGCUUUCUGGUUUCGUCUUUAUGGACUCUUUCAUUAUCUCUGCUUCACAAGACGCGGUGGCCAUACGUUUUUUCCCCAAAAUAACUUGACAUUUGGCAUCGGCUUACAUGCAGUGGGUGUACGGACGGUUAGCGUUCGUACGCUGCGUCAUAACCAAAUUUUCGCUCGGGAGCUCCGCUAAUAUUGUGCGAUAUAGAAUAUAGAAAGUGCGAAAUAUACAUCGAUAUGAGUCACGUACUGUUUAUCCCCAAAACUAUUCUCGUUUGCGCAUUAAGGAACACGUGACGUUGAAUAUGUUUUUCACUAGAAGAUGACAUUGCAUUGCCGUGACAGUCUCGCUGAUAUUAAAUUUAAAUACCUUACCUAUAGAAGAGCACAUGCACAUACUGCUUUGUAAACAGAGUUUCAUACAAACAGGACGUGGAGAGCCACCUUUCUGCGACCAGAAAAAAAGGAAAGUAGCGCAAAUGACAGUAAUAGUUACUUUAAGUAAAAUUUAAGCCUAGCGCAAUUACAUUUUUAUCCCGCAGCCGCCUUGUGGGGUGAUGAUCUUGUUGUUGGUCAUAAUACGACACGAAUAAAGUGUACAAAUAAAUCAGCAAAAGGAAAAGGCGGCACAGCUCACGAAAGAAACUGUAAAAACCGAAAGAAUGUAAGGCAUCCAUUGGAAAGCCAGGACUCGACAUUAUUUCCUUAACUGUCCCGGGAACUUGUAGCUAACACUUUUCUACCAUUUUGUACUCUGUAUAUAUUAAUAUCGUGGACAAAGUCAACUAUUAUAAUUAAAAUAAUUAAAGAAAAAUCGAUGACUCUUACGCAAAUGGACGAAUACUCCGGGGGGUACUCCCUAUAAUGGCCUAUACUGGGAGGCUCUGCCCGAACGGGGUACCUUUUUUGGGUUUCAGGUAUAUGGAAUGGUAGGGAUUUAACUCGUAGAAGUACAUGAAAGGGUAGGGAAAUCUGUCAUUUGGGUCUGUGAAAUGGCCCAAAGGGCUAGCAGAUGAAUUUUAUUUUAUUUUAUUAAGUAGAGAAAACGUUCUAUUUUUGUGAUUGAUUCCUAUUAAAAUGACAGUGAAUUUACAGCAGUUAAAAGGGCUGCAAAGUUCUAAACAAGGUAUGUGAAAAGGGUACCAUUUUUCAAUAGAAGGUAUACGAAACGGGUACCUUUUUCGUGAAAAAUGGUAUAUAAAAGGGUAAGGGGUUGGAACUCGAGGGGGGGGGAACCUCCCAGUAUAAAAAUUUGUUGAGCACCACCCCGCCCGGGGAGAACAAUGACCCGUUGUUAUGAAAGGCCUCGUACUGUUGAUCGAGGGAACCACUACGCUCGAUCUUUUGGCUCUAGAAGGAGCAAUCCAAAACAAUGGAAAAAGGUAUUUCCGGCAGACAGUCCAAGUGUGUAAAUUUUACAAUCUUCCAGUAUUGCUGACUGAUGAUUAUCUUUCAUUGCCCUACAGGCUGAACUGGUUGAAAUACAUAGAUUACGAAAAAGUCACAUGGACCUGAAAAGAGAAGUUUUCGUAGAAAUGAAGCAGGUAAAAUCAUAAAUGUGUUAUAUUAGUUAUCUAUGAUGAACAGAAAGCACUUGAGAAUCUCGGAUUUUAAGACAGAACACUAGACUCGCCGAGUGACUCAGUCAAAGCCACUAAAAACAAACUGGAAAAACAGAGGAUUGAAGUUCAAAUAAUGACCCGAAUCAAAAGGCUUUAAAAUAUCACAAUUAUUUCGAUUAAAGUUAAUUGCUCGUCAAUUUUUGUUUGACCGUGUAUAAAAAUUUUAGCAGGAUGAGAACAAGGGGAAGCUAAUCGAAACGGAAUUUUUACGGGUGAAGUUUUACAGAAUAACGGGAGAGCACCGGAGCAGGGAACUUAAAAUGCCUCUGGAACUUCCUCGGUACAUGGGAGUAAGUGCUAAGGGGUUCUCUCCAUCUUCUUUUAAACACUUAAUUACCUUCACGAUUUAUCCCGUAACAGGUCAAAUUAGCGGCCACAGCUGGACGCCUUGCGGAUAGCAAAAAGAAAUUUUUUUCAACAUUUUGAAGCCACUAGCUUUUUCCUACUUGUGUACCUUAACUAUAGAGUCCUCUUUUUCCAAAGCUAAUACCUUUAGCUUGUUAAUAAUCAAAAUUAUUUCAUAAUCUUAUGUUUUCGUUUUUUCUGCUUCUUUUUAGGUCCGCGAUUUACUGCACGACAAUAUUAAUCAAUGCAUUGGAAUGUGUACCGCUUCUCCAAAUAUAUGCAUUGUGUCCAAAUUCUGCGGCAGAGGCAAUCUUCAGGUUAACAAGUCAACAACGUCUUUUAUCAUCAAGUUUUUCAAAAUUCACGAUUUUAACUUUUUCAAUUUCACUUGUCGGUUCUUGGAAACAAAUUAGAAUCUGUUUUUGACAAGUACAGCACGGCCGAAAUUUUCUUUCCCCUUCCGCAGUUAAAUGGAAAGUAAGAUAUGUCUGGAUUCGUUGGCUUUCCUCUGACUGUUAAUAAAUCAGCCAGAGGUACAUUUUAAACUGCCAUAUGAAAUUAUCCUGUUGACUGACCUAUUUUCAUUUAAGUUUAUUCAAUUCUACAAUGUCAUCAUUUAUUAUAAACCUGGCAAAAUCAGUCACACUGCCCGAGGAAAAAGCCGAUUUUAAAACUCACAGUCCCUUAUCAUGUGUCUAAAUGCCUUUUUUUUUUUUUACAAAACUCACCCUGAAUUGUAGUCGCCUGCUUCUGCGUCAUUUACACAAGUUUUAAGAUAGUGAUUAGAAGUAGGGACUGAAUCAGACUUUAUGAUAGUUAGUAAACCAUCCGUUUUUGUUCGACUGAAAAGCUGUUGGUCCUAACAUUCUGACCAAAUUUCUUCUCAGCUAUGAAGUCUAUGAAGGGAAAUCUAUAGUUGGGGGUUUAAUAAUUUUACAGACAUAGGUAGCAAUAUUUUGUUUUGUUUUAUUUAAGGAUCUUCUUGCAAAUGAUGAUAUUAAACUUGACUGGCUGUUCAUGAUGUCUUUUGCCAACGAUAUCGCAAAGGUAAGGUCCAAUACUUUCUCAAAUGACCUCACGUCCGCUAUAGUAGUGCCCCAAAACAAUGAAACGGCGGCUAUGUUGGUUUUCAAAAUAAUAAUUUUGCCUUUUGCCUUUCCAAUAAUUUUGCUUAGAUACUAGCCAGGUGAGUGAUAAAGCUCUAUAUGCCUUCAUUCAAGUACGUUGCGAACUGAAUUAUUCAAAAAAGAAAACGCCAUGAUUUGUUUCGGGUUCAUUAAGGUACAAGAGCUUUAAAAGAAUUUAGAACUAUCGAAUAACGAUUACUUUUAGAAUAUGAUAGGGCUAUGAUACAAUAUUGUCAAACGCUUAUUUCUCCAGGGCAUGUUAGCAAUACACAAUAGUCCAAUCACGGCUCAUGGUAACCUGAGAUCUUCUAACUGCCUGAUUGACAGUCGCUGGACCUGCAAAAUAGCUGACUUUGGCUUGGACUCGGUCAAAGCUAAUCAGCCAGAAGAAGACUUCGGGGACUAUGCAAGUUACAGAGGUAAGUGGACAACGUUGCCAUUCGAAUCAAUGGUAACGGAAUACUGCCUUGAUGUCACAUACUCAAGGUUACUAAUGACUUGAAAGACCUGUGUUGCUACAAAAUCCGAGAUCAUCGGACAAUUCCAUUUAUAUAUCUCCACGACUGGUACGUGGCAUAGCGGAAAGCUUGUUUUUGCAGGCCACUGCCUUAGGGCCAAAGACCAGGUCAUUUCUAGCAUUUUCAAAGAGAAACGAGAGAACUUGCUCAACAUAUGCUGAACUUCGCAGAGCAAUGGUCAGUAAGACUCAGUGGCGAGAAAACUGUGGCAUCGAUCUCGACGACAGUCGAGUGAUGAUGACAGGGGCAAGUAGGCUCUUUCCGUUUGAAAGUGAUUUUUGUUGAUUGGUAGAUGGAGACUAUUUCUACAUUUAUCAUAACCGGGCUAAUGGAAUUAAAACCAUAUAUACAAUGAUUACCUCAGUAAUCCAUGCAAGAGCCUUACAAUUUUGGAGUGAGGACAUUUGCAGAUAUCCCUCUAGUAAUAAGGUCACGAGAAAAUCUUGCGUUAUGAAAUAGACAGGCAAGAAAGGUCGCAAAAAAGCAUCACAUAAACUGUCAUAAAAGUCGCAACAUCUGAAUUUAUCAGAUCAAACUAAAUUUGGGAAGAAUUUUGGGUUUUGUGGGCUGAAUGUUCCUGUUAACUCUCCUGUAAAUGUAAUGCAGCAAUUCUGUCCACUCUUUUUGUUUCUGGAAUAUCAUUCAAGAUCACGUGUAUGGGUAAUAAAACCAGUUUGUGCACUUCAUUGUGCGCAUUGAGUUCAAUCAAGAGCCAUAAUGGUUCAAUCGAAUUGGCUUUGUUAAAAAUGUAUAUUUUCUCUUGGUAGAUCUCUUUUGGACUGCUCCAGAAUUGCUGCCAGAGUCGGGUAGCAGGAAAAAUCGCUUUAAAAAGACUCAAACAGGCGAUGUGUACAGUUACGGGAUAAUACUCUGGGAGAUUCUUACUCGUGACGAGCCUUAUCAGGAUCACUUAGAACCUAAAGGUACUGAGAGAGAAUUUAGACGGAUAGCUCUUUUCCUACAUUCACUGUAUGUCUCAAGAACAUACUACGAAAAAAUGCACUAAAAAUACAGAUACAAAUAUGGGGAGACAAGUCACAUGUAACUAUAGUAUACCCUGUAAAAGAAAAAGAAAAAUGCAAAGAGUAAAAAAUUGUAUAACUCGCGCGGAUGAGUUUAAGAACUAAGUGAUCAUGGUGUCGUCAUGAAAACACGUUCUUCGCAACCAAUCACAGAACGAACUGUUUCAACCGUCCAUGAAUUUUUUUUUAACUUCAAACUGAAAUCUGUUAAGUCUGGUAGUGUAGAACUUUGAGUCUGAUGAUCGCUUAGUUCCUGAGACUCCGAGUUACAACUUUUAAUUUCAUCUUUUGCAUUUGUAUUUCUCUCUGCAUAUAUAGUAUAUAGUUUAUGCGUUGAGCACUCCUAAGGUAAGUGAAACAAUCUUUACCUUGUCAUGAUUCAUUUCACAAAGAAAAUAUAUAGAUCUAGGGCUAAAAUUUCAAACGCUAGAACCAAGUGAAUUAACUGAGACCUAAGCUGGAUUGAGGAAUGAAGAGCUCGGGCUGUAAGAAGUAACAAAGUUUCCUCUACAUAGCACUCAUAAGUUAACAAAAUCGCAGUAUGGGAGGGAUCUUAAAAACACUGGUUACAUCAUGCUAUCUGUGCUGAAAGCCAAAUCUCGGUUUAGAUGAUCGCAUCCUUUGUUGGUGAAGUUAAGCUGUUGGUCUUGUCUCCUUCAUGCAUCGUUACAAAUCAAUUAGAUGGGAACGAAAAAGAACCCAUGACAUUGUUAGAAAAGGGUAGGGGAGGUAUACUGUCACUGAGUUUAAGUCAGUACCGUUAUAAGGUCACUAGGCCAAAUAUGUACAUAACAUCUGGUGUUCCCCUCUUAAAUAGAGGUUAUUUUAAAAUAACAAGUGUUCUACUAUUUAGAUGUGGUGGUUAAGGUACGGAAACGACUUACACCUCCAUUCAGACCUGACAUACCAAAAGAGAGCGAUGGAUGCGAUCAAAGAUAUCUGCAGCUUAUGUAUCAAUGCUGGGAUGAUGGUCCCUCCAAAAGACCGAUAUUCAACGAAGUCAAAUCCAAUCUGAGAGCAAUGAAUAACAGCAAGUGAGUGCUUUGUAUCAACAUGAAAUCUAGGCAGUACCCCCAUAUUAGCUCAUAUUCUCGAAAGCUUUGCUUGUGAAAUCCUGAAAAAUCAGGAAUCUCGGCCUUUGGAAUCCGGAACUCAGCUCAAGGAAUCCGGAAUCCAAGUGCCAUUAAUAAAGGAUCGCGAAUCUAGUACCUGGAAUUACAGAAUCCAAAGAUUGGAAUCCAGGAUCUAAGACUGUCUUGGAUUUCCUGACACGGGUCGAUAGCUAGCGUAUAACAUUGCUGAACUCAACGAAUGUUAAACUUUUGUUAACUUGCAAAUUGAAUACUGUAAAAUUCCGAAAAUAGGCUCUGGGGCUUAUAUUUUUCAAAGGCUCUUUUUGAGGGGCUUAUUUUUGGAGGGACUUAUGUACAGAGGGAAAUUUGCGUUUCAAAAUCAAUUCCAAUCAAUUCAAAUUCCUAGUACAAGCCCCCCGGGGGGCUUAUAUUCGGAGGGGCCAUUUAACGGAGGUUUUUUUGCGUUACGAUUUUGGGGGACUUAUAUUUGGAGGGGCUUAUACAUGGAGGGGCUUAUUUUCGGAAUUUUACGGUACUUUUAUAAUUGGAAAGUCAAUGAUCUCCAGGAGAUUGACUACUUGUCCUUUUGUCUCUAAUGGUUGGCUAUUAAAGUAGAAAACGUUAACAGAAACUCAUUCUUCAGUUUGACUCAACGCUAUCAUGACAAUUUGCUUUGACUCUCAAAAAACGAAAACGUCAUCGUGUUUUUCUGUAUAAUAAAGAUAAGUACAAAAGCUGUGAAGAAAAUUAUAACUCGAAUUAAGAUGCCGAGUGGUCUGACUCAAACUAAAUAAGUCGGUUUGAUUUCCAAUUAACCUCUUGCGUUAUUGUGGUAUAUAACGAAAACGAUUCUACAGUCGUCAGUUAGAGUCAGAAAAAGCAGGAUCAAGGAUCUGAGCUGAGUCCUUAUGACUAUGCUUUGACUUGAUCAUUUAUUUUGGGCCCUGCUUUCCACCACCGUGGGCCAACACACAGUCACAGAAGUUGUUUCGUUUCAUAGAAAAUCAUAUUUAUUCUCUCUUGAGAAAAUCUAUCAGCAAAGACUACAAUCAAAAUGAUCUCUCUAAAUAUUAAUUUCUGGCUACUCUGACAUGAGUUGUGUUGUUUUAGGAACACAGACAUUGUGGAUAAUAUGCUUCAAAUGAUGGAAAAAUACACCGAUCAGUUGGAAGAACUGGUAGAAGAAAGAACUCAGCAGUUAGAGAUUGAAAAAGCGAAAACGGAAGAGCUUCUUUACAAAAUGUUACCUAAGUAAGUACGACAAACGCUUUUUCUCCAGGAGAUUUCAAAAGGUGAAAAAAUCUAGCCGGAUUUUAUGAAAACCGUACCAUCGGACACCAGGAGCCCACACACCUUCAACUGGCUCAACUAAAGUAAAUAUCGCCAAGAAACUCAGCUCUUACCCAUGGUUCUCUUAAGGUGACUCUCUUCUUGGUUCCUGAUUAGAAAAGAAACAUUCAAGUCCAUCAAAAAGACACUCUGGACUUGUCCAUACACUCUAGCUGCUUCAAGGCCCUAAAUGACGGAGGACGCUUGAGACUUAAGCAAGUUCUAAGCAGAGAAUUCAAGGUUAAAUCACCCCCCCCCCUGACUUCCUCCCCCCCCCAGCCUAGCACGUGCUUGAGGGGAAUGCUUUCAUUGGCCAAUGGGCCUCAAACGUUACAAGAAUUUGACAUGACAAACUAAAGGCAGACAUGACCAGUGCACGGACUCUCCCAGACCAGGACUAACGGAAGGUACAACGCUUUUGCAGCACCCUUCCCCCCUAGGGAUUGACAUGGAGGCCCCUUUCCAACCCAUGGCGAGUUAGCUCAGGGACUGAACUUGACAAUGAGACCAACCAGGACAGCAAGCCCCCUAUGUUUUUUCUCACCGCAGUGACCAAAAAGCUGGCGAUCGCCAGCUUUCUGUGCGAAUAUUCUGGCCCAUUUUGAGGUAUGUUUUCAAAAAUUCGGCUAGAAAUAUAUUAUUAAUAAUCUUAAUAGCACGGAGUACAAAAGUGUCUUUUUAAAGACUAAUGUACAUGGCACAUCUUUGUCGGAUGGGAUAUUCUUACGACAAACACUCGACAGGAAUCGUCUUGUAUGAAUCAAACAUACUAAACUGCAAUAAACUUGUACCACCGUCAGCAUAUUAGUCUUGAAACGGAUAUAUGUGGAACUGGAGAACGCAAACGCCUCUAAAAGGCUGGACUACACAAUAAAUCGCACUAGUAAAAUUUGGCAAAAUUUCGAAAAUAAAAUUAAACUAUUAAGUACUGUAAGUUCUGUAACCUUAAAUACAACGUGUGGGUAACAACAACAACAACAACAAACAACAACAACAAAUUUUAUUGAAAAUUGGAAAAUAACUAAUUACAUUACUUUCCCACCCGCAAAUAGCUUAUGAACUAAUCGAGGCGGGGGGAGCUGAAGACAUAUUACAAAACAAGAAUUAUAUAUAGAUGGACUAAAUAACAGUGAAGACACUACAAUACAGUAAAUAGAGUUUAAACUAACAUAAAACAAAAAACAAAAAACAAGGCAUGUACAUAACGAUUACGAAGAGAGGUUAACUAAAGUAUUAAAUAACUUAAUAAGACGGGAGACUUCGACAUAAUCAUCUUCUGACCGCAAAAAUUUAGUAAUAAUUCCUUUAUUUUUUUUACGAAAGGACGAACGUUUAAGUAUUUUAAUCGAAUACGGAAUAGAGUUCCAAAUUUGGGCACCGAUUCUCGUGAAAAAGGCAUACAUUUUAUCGGUUCUAGAGAACUUAACAUAAAACGAGUCGCUAGAGACAGAUCUUGUUCUGUAGUUAUGAAUCUGACUUGUUUUAACGAACUGAUUGAGAAUACUAACUGGUGCUGUCUGUCUGUUGAUAUCAUACAAUAAAUAGCUACAAUCUCUGAAAAAUAUGCUAGGCAGGGGAAGGCAAUUUGAUUUGAGAAAGAAGGGUACGGCGUGUUCCUUAGACUUACUGAAGUAAAUGAGACGUAAGGCCCGUUUUUUGUAGAGUUACGAUCUUUCGUUGAAAUGUCAAGGCACAAUUUCCCCAACCACAAAUACCAUAAGUCAAGUAAGGGACAAUUAAUGAGUUGUAAACUGAAAGUAAAACACGACGCGGGACAUAAUGUCGAAUUUUAGCUAUAAUUCCUAUCGACUUGCUGAUUUUGUGACAGACAGAUUCGAUGUGGUAUUUCCAUGAAAGAUUUGAAUCAAUCAUUAAGCCAAGGUAUUUUACAUAAUCUUUCAUUUCAAGGUUUGCGUAGGUGUUAGUCACGGAGUCAAAAAUUCUAAUCCUAGGUAUGAAGGGCAUAUUCUUUUGCUGGGGACGAAAGAUUACAAAAUUUGAUUUUUUUAUGUUCAAGGACAGUUUGUUGGCCUUUAGCCAUUCGUUGACGUUGCCAAGCUCGCGAUUAACAAGUGUUUCGAGUUCCUUUAGGUUGUUAUUUGCAAGUAUUAUACUAGUAUCGUCAGCAAAUAGGUAAAAGGCAAAUAACGAAGAGGACUUGUAAAUAUCAUUGAUGUACAGUAGGAAUAAGAGUGGUCCGAGGACUGAGCCUUGUGGCACGCCGCACAAGGUCGUUUCAGCCUCAGACACAACAUUAUUAACUUCCGUAGUUUGCUUCCGAUCAGUCAGGUAUGAUCUGAACCAGGAGUUUAUUACACCUCUAAUACCAUAAUUUUCAAGUUUAGCUAACAAAAUUUCAUGGUUAACAGUAUCAAAAGCCUUUUUGAGAUCGAUGAAAACACCGCACGAAAAUUUACCGUUGUCCAUGUUUUGGAGAAUUGUGUUAACAAUAUCAAGUACAGCAUGCUGAGUACUGUGCUUACUGCGAAAACCGUAUUGCUGAUCAUAGAGAAUGUUGCAAUCUUUGACAAACUUGGUAACUCUGGAGUACAUAAGUUUUUCAAAAAUCCUGUUAUAAAUCGAGAGCAGAGAAAUAGGUCGGUAGUUUUCGGGCAGCGUGUCAUCUUCGUCCUUAAAUAUCGGGAUAAUCUUAGCACACUUUAGUUUAGAUGGAAAAAUCCCUGAGCAAAUAGACUGAUUAAAAAUCGUGGCUAGAGGUACGGAUAUGACCCUUUUUGCUAAUUUCAGCAGCCUAACUGGAGAUGAGUAGAGACCAUGGGCCUUCUUGUCUUGCAAAACUGAAAUUUCUAAAUUGAUAUCUUCCGGAAUAAUAGGAUCAAAGAAGAAAGUGCGAUUAAGUGGCGGAUCUAAAUAAUCAUAGAAUGUAUUUAUGGUCUGAGGAAUUUUAGAAGCCAGUUUGCUCCCAACAGUGGCGAAAUAUUUGUUAAGAAUAUUGCUUAUUUCCUUCGGGUCACUAGUUGGAACCUCAUUCGGGUUUAAGCGAAUAGAGUUAGUUGAGUUGCGCUUGUUUUUCUUUUUACAGUUUCCAAUUAGCUCGUUAAUUCCUUUCCAAGUUUGACGCAUAUUACAUAUGUUGAGAUCAAAGAAACUUUGGUAGUAGUUCGCUUUACUUAAUCUCGUAAGAUAAAUGAUUUUAUUUCUGUAAAAUUUGUAUUUGUCACGGUCUGAGGUAUAGAAGAGGUUAUUCUUUACCCUGAUUGAUUUUCUUAAACCCGCCGUCAGCCAUGGUUUAGCAAGGAAUUUUUGUUUACGAUUGGAUAUACUUCUUAAAGGAGCGUGUUUGUUAAUUGUCUUGUUGACGCAUUU